AUGGCUCCGCUGCUGCAGUGCGCCCUCUCGGCGGGGCUGAUCGCGGGCGCGACGUCCCUCAAGCAGGAGGGGGCCACUGGCCCCAAGAGCAAGUUUUGGAACAGGUUCGGGUCCCUGCCCGAGAACGCCCCAGAGUGGUGCAAGAGCGAGUCGGCCCUGACCUGGGAGGAGAAGAGGCAGAGGGUGGCCCAGCACGCGACGCUGAUGUGGGCGAAAGAGUCGCUGAAGGGGCUGCACGAGAACAACACGACGGCCCCCCAGUGGAUGGAGGACAUGGUCGCAAAGGACGCCCGGCAGGGCCAGAUGAAGUGGGCCGUCCAGGAGGCCAAGCGCUUGAGGGCGGAGAACAAGGAGGUCCCGGAGUGGAUGUCCGCCCUGGUGGAGGAGGACAGCAAGUGGGCCAACCGCUGGGCCGCGUGCAAGGUCGCGGAGCUCGAGUAUUCCGGGGAGGAGCCGCCCGAGUGGAUGAGGGAGAACGGCCGCAGGGGCGUGUUCGCGGCCGCGGCCGAGAAGCUGGCCGAGAUCCAGGAGCAGCUGGACGAGCUGGUGGCCCUGAAGGAGAAGGAGGUCGCCCUGGUGCAGGCCAAGGGCGACAUCAAGCUGGCGGAGCGGCACCUGAUGCUGGCGCACCGCGGGCCCCCGGGCGUCCGGCCGCAGGCCGCGCGGAGGGGCCAGAACCUGUCCUGGGCCGCCGCGCAGCAGAGGCCAGAGGUCAACUUCUUCGGGCUGUAAGGUUUCGCCACGGCUUCACGGUUUGAUGACGGCGGUUGCCUGGGGAUGCUCGGGCUCCGCUCGGUAUUAGAUCCUUGCGUGCCUCCUCGUGCUAUCAUUUUGACUGUAGUCGCCUGGUGAUCUUCCGUGCCUCGCCUGGUGGGAUCUCCUCCUGCCGUCGCCACCUGCAUUUUGAUCUCCUGGCUGCGCGUUUACGCUCCGUUGCUUCACGGAUGCCGCGUUGGAGCGCUCCGCACCUUUUGGCCCCCAGAUGUUGGAACCUCCACUCCUUGUCGUACUUGCCCUCCUCCUCGAGCGCUUGCCCGCGCGUUGAUUGGCCCGGGCAGGUUUUUUGUUUAGGUGGCCUCGGGGGCAGGCGUGGUCCGCCCCGGCCGCCGCCGCCAGAGUCGAGACGGUGCACAGCAAUCGCUGCGCUGCUGGGGGGAAAAGAAGAUCAGGAGGGG